AUGGAGGAGGAAGCUGAGGGCGGAGCUUCCUCAUCUAGUUACUGCCAAUUCCAGGUUGCAGAUGAAAUUUUUAUGGAGGUUAAGUCCAUGACACUUAAUGGUCAAGAGUUCGAUGAGAAGAAUAUUAGGCGGAGAGUGUAUGAUGCUUUCAAUGUGCUAAUCGCACUUCGUGUUAUUGCAAAAGACAAAAAGGAGAUAAAGUGGAUGGGCCUUUCUAAUUACAGACAUGAAAAGAUAAAGAAGCUGGAGGAAGCUCGUAAAGAACUCAUCACCAGGAUAAAGAACAAGAAUAAACUUCUACGGGAAAUUGAAAAACAGUUUCAUGACCUCCAGAAUAUCAAGUUACGCAAGCAGGUACUACGGAGGUCAGCAUGAGAGUGCCAAUGGUAUCCACCUUAUAUUCUUUUUUUACAACCGGAUCCCCUUCCUGAGCCUACAUUAGAGACCUUAAAUGCGGGUGCACAUCCGGAGGUCGAACUCCGGACCUAUAAGAUCGCGCCCGUGCGCCUUGCUAGCGAGCGGUUUGCUCGCAUGCAUCUGCCUUCCAUUCUUA